AUGUAUGAGGAAGAAAUUUCCCAAGAAGAACAAGAACAGAAAAAGACAGAAGAGGCACCGGCCAUCUUGCCAAGCUGUGAGCCGGAGAAGAUUGUGAAAGUUGAGUGCAAGAAGAGUCCGCCAUACCGGAAGUACCAGCGCCAGGAGCAGAAGAUCUCCAUCCUGAGACGAUUAUACCCCGGAGGAACACCACGGACGCCACGUCCGUGCUCAUCAGGAUCGAUACCGAGAUUAUCCCGCCUAAAUGGGAUUGGCUUGAGGCACAGCAUAGCUCUCGGCCUCUCGGAAUACUUUACCAGAGGGAAUUUCCGUGGAUACAAGUCAUUGUCCCGCCUGGUUGGGACGUUCGGGAAUCCAGCCUCGAAUAGAGACCAGUCAUUGUCUCUCAUCCUCUGGGUUCAUAUCGGAUCGUCGUCUGGAAGAACUAUUCGGAGACACGACGGAGGAUUCUGGUGUUCUCUCCGACUCACGACCGCUGGAUUCAUCGCGGAUUAUCUGCUGGAAGAACUCAUAGGGCUGUACUAUGCAGUAAAGUCACGAAAGAAAGUAACAACAACGGAAGAAUACUUAUUAGGAGGACGGAAGAUGGGACUGUUUCCGGUGUCCUGCUCAAUAGUUGCUACGUGUAUCACGGGAAUGGGAACUGUUGGCUUUGCAGCUGAGUCAUAUGCAUUUGGAAUCUACAAUUAUAUGGGCAUAUAUGUGAUGACUGUUGUAGGAAUUGUUACCUGCUUCAUAUUCUUGCCAGUUUUUUCCGAACUAAAGCUAGCGUCGACGUUUAAGUACUUAGAAUUGCGCUUCAAUCGAAGUGUUAGGCAGCUUGCAAGUGGACUGUACUUGUUGACUGGCCUGCUCUACCUUCCAUUUACGGUCUACGUUCCCGCCUUGACUUUUCAACGUGUUACAGGAGUAGAUCUUUACUUGACUGUAACCAUCCUAUCCUUGAUCUGUGCAAUUUAUACGGCUAUAGGUGGAUUUAAGGCAGUCAUAUGGACAGAUGUCGUGCAACUAGGUCUCAUGGUAGCCUCCUUCAUAAUUAUGUUAGUUGUGGGAAUUAAUUCAGCAGGGGGUAUAAAGAAUGUCUAUGAGGCAGGCUCCAGAGGAGGAAGACUCCGGGUUAUCAAUACGACAAACCACAAUGUAAGAACAUCAGCAUGGGGCCCACUUUUCUCAAUUGUUUUUCCAAUGAUCUACCAGUAUGGCCUCAAUCAGACUAAUAUGCAGAGAUAUAUAUCUCUCACGAAUUUAAAGGAUAUGAAAAGAUCAGUAUGGAUUCUUACUGUGGUUUUUCACAUCUACGGUGGCUUAGCAACAUUCCUCGGUGUUGUUGUGUACGCUAACUAUGAGACUUGUGAUCCAUUUACAGCAGGCCUCAUCAAGAGAGUUGAUCAGAUCCUUCCGCAUUUUAUCCAGGAGAAAGCUUCUCUUUUUCUCGGAUUCAAUGGAAUCUUCAUAGCUGGUGUCUUCUCUGCGGGACUCUCAACAACAUCUUCGUAUCUGAAUACAAUGAGUGGGAUCUUGUAUGAAGAUUUUAUAAGUCAGAAGUAUCCAAGGAUUCAAGGAAAUACAGCAGGAAGAAUAAUGAAGGGAACUGUCCUCAUACUUGGCAUUCUUCAGAUUUGCUUGAUUUUCUUCAUUGAACGAAUGGGAACAAUUGUAAAGAUUUCCAUGCAAUGUCUUUCCCUCAAUGCCUGUGCCCUUCUUACACUCUUUGCUCUUGGAUUGUUUGCGCCAAAAACAAAUAGUACGGGAGCAAAAGUUGGAGCCAUCGCUUCGAUCGUCAGUAUUUUUACAUUAAUUGUUGGGAGUAUAAAUCAGAAACCCGAACCUAUGCUUCCUUUUCGAACUGAUGGUUGUGAAGGAUUGAAUUUAACGAAUCCUCUUGAUCUUACAACAAGGAGUCCUUUAACUGCAACAUCUGAUGCUGAUGAAGAUAUUUUCUGGCUUUUCCGCAUUAGUUAUGUCUACUACGGUCUUAUUGGAACGUCUAUUGGCCUUACUUUUGGAUACUUAACGAGUUUACUAACUGGUGGUAACGUAGUUGAAGAUCAGAAACUUCUUGCCGUAUUUAUGAGGAGGAAGUCUCUUCAGGAAGAGGAAAUGGUACUGAAGAGAAGGAAUGAAGCUUCGUAA